AUGAAACUUUUAACACCCGUUUUUCUCCUUUUUUGCGCCAUCGCUUGUGACCAUGCGUUGGGAGAUAAUGUAAACGUGCCAGGUGGCACCCCCAAGAAGAAAUCCCCCAAGAGCAAAUCCCCAGAACCUCUCAUUGACGUGCACGAGUUGAUAAGCGAAAUGGUUAGGAAAGAAGAAGAACUCGUAAACAUGACGAAGAAGAAGUCUAAGUAUAAAGUGGCAACCACCGUUCUUGCUUCAGCCCUAGGUUUUGUAUCAGCAGUGCUCUUAGGAGGUGCCGGAUUAGUCUUUUAUAAUACCGGAAACGGAAGACCCCCAUUCUCCUUGGGAGGUUCCAAGGACGGCGAUUCUGCUUCCACUGAAGAAGCAGCCCCACCUCAAGAUGACUUCGCGGAACCUCGUGCGGAUGGUGAUGGAAACACAAAUUCGGACGAAUGA